AUGAGAGAAGAAAGUAACCAGAGGCGUCUAGGGUUCGGUGGUUGGAGCAUUGUUGCAUUGGGAGAAAGAAAAGAGAAUAAGAAACACCAAGGAGGUAAGCAAGCGGGAAGGCGACGUUUUGGUCGGAGGAAGAUGAAACAAAGUUAUGGGUUGUUCGUCGAAGAAAACGAAGUUGUAGGUUGUUUACCGGAGAAGAAGGGGAUGAGGGGUGGGAUGGGUAAAAUAUACGUAGCUUUAGAGCGAGCAGGAGUUCGCACUUUUAGGGAUAAUGAUAAUAUCGAUAGAGGUCAAGAACUGAAGCCGGAAAUCGAUAAAGUAAUCAAAGAAUCCAGGGCUUCUAUCGUUGUAUUGUCACAGAAGUAUGCGAAUUCCAGAUGGUGCCUUGACAAGCUGUUGUUGAUCCUUGAGCAAAGGCUGAGCAUUAAUCAAAUGUUGGGUAAUCUUGAUGGGUUAAGUUGUUCAUGGGUACGGAUUCGAAUAGGUCGCUCCAGUUUCCUUAUCCACAAGUUGAAUAAUCAGGACAAUUGGUCUAAUGAAAGACCUGGUUUGGUGGAGCUUCAAUAA